AUGGACAAUGAAAGAAAUUUAUCAGAGGCACAAAAUUUGGUCGAUGAAUAUACAGUUUUGCUACCCACUGCUUCCAAAAGUCGAAUUGAACGUCAAAAUAGUGGUUAUGGUGGUACAGCUUCGUCGUUGGAUACACAUUCAGACUCUUUCUUGAAUCGAGAAUACUCUAUGAGCGCUGUUGGUAAUUUAUCCUAUACAGAUGAAGCUCUAAAGAGAAAACUUAAAUAUUUUUUCAUGAAUCCAAUUGAAAAGUGGCGAGCUAAAGGGAAGUUUCCUUUUAAACUAGUGCUACAAAUAAUAAAAAUUGUGUUUGUAACGCUUUUAUUGUGUGUUUUUGGCUCUGAUGGUUACACUUAUGAGUUACAGAAACAAAACACGGCUACCAGUUUCAGGCACAUGUUUUUAGCCGACUGGACUGCAAUUCGCGAUAUUGUAUCGUAUCCCCCUUCUACUGGGCCCUAUGCCGUCUACACAAGGCAAGACUUUUACAGGAAUGUUGAUCAUAUAGUUCAGACGUAUGCAAAUAUUUCAAAAAUUGCAUUAGGUAGUUAUUGUUACGAUGGACCUGAUUGCAGCAUGACAAAUGUUUCACUUUGUCUUACUGAAUUUAGUAUGAUGCUUGCUUUUAAUUCCACCGUCUCUUUCGAUGGUCAUCCAAGAACAAAGUGUCAUGUCAUACCUAAGUUGUACCCUGAAGGGGAUGAGAAGUGGAAAUCAUUUUCUAUCGAAAAAUAUUUACAGGAACUGAAUGAUAGCAUUGCUUUUGACAGAUUGAUAACAGCAGAAUUAAGUUUUGCAUUGAAAACAAUAUUUCUGAAAUCUUUGGGAAAUAGCAAAUAUCCAGAUUGUUAUAGAUUUCGGGUAGGUGUUCAAUAUGACAAUAAAGAUCACGAUGGACAAAUGCUUGUUAGUUUAGAUACUGGAGCUGACAAAUUGAAAUGCUACCACAAUGGAAGUCUGAAUCCUGAUAAUAAGUUGGGUUAUAUUGGCCGGCAAGUACUGAACAGUUUUAUCAUUGCAAUAUGUGUUUUAUCCUUACUUCUUUGCUGCAGAAUGUUAUAUAAGGCAAGAGUUCUUUGUAAAGAAACUGACAAGUAUUUCAAGCGCGCACAAAACAAGGGGCUUUCAGCUCAAGAAAAAAUGGAAUUUGUAGACAUGUGGUAUUGCAUUAUGAUAUUCAAUGAUACUUUGAUUAUUGCUGGUUCGAUUCUAAAAGCAGCUGUGGAAGAAAGUACCGUCGAAAGUGAUCAAUAUGCAACAUGUGCCAUUCUUCUUGGUAUGGGAAUUUUACUGGCAUAUUCUGGUUUAUUGCGUUAUUUGGGAUAUUUUAGCAAAUAUAACAUACUCAUAUUGACUUUGAAGCGGGCACUUCCGAAUGUUCUUCGUUUUACCCUUUGUUGCAUUCUUUUGUAUGCCGGUUUUUGCUUUUGUGGUUGGGUAGUCCUUGGUCCUUAUCACAUCAAGUUUCGUAACUUGAGUACUACAUCAGAAUGUUUAUUUGCAAUGAUGAAUGGUGAUGAUCUUUUUGCAACGUUUGCAAUUACAAAUACCAACAAUGAUUUAAUUUGGUGGUUUAGUAGAAUCUACUUAUAUGUUUUUAUAAGCAUGUUCAUUUAUGUUGUUAUUUCUCUUUUUAUUUCUGUGAUUAUGGACUCUUAUGAGACCGUGAAGGACUAUUAUAGGUAUGGAGGAACAUGUACCAGAAUAGAAAUUUUACUUAGUGAUUAUCCUGAUGAUUCAUGUUCAUCAUUUUACCAACAAAGACGAAGACAACGGAAAAGUGUUUGGGAAAGAGUGUCGGUGAUGCUAGGGAAAAGGAGUAAUUCCUGAGCGUUUUCAAGGUUUCUGUAAAAUUGAUGCAUUGUAAAAUUUUAUUUAACAAAAAAAAAAAGGACUUUUCUGUCUUUCACUAAAACAUUUUGUUGCAACAACUACAGUAACCCCUCGUUAUAUCGUGCUUGUCGGAGGAUGACAAAAAAAGGCAAUAUAUCCGAGGUUAUGAAAUGUAGCGAUUCAAUUAAGGUAAAUUUUUAUGACAUGUGUCUUUACAAAAAUAUCAGUUAAAAUUAUAUUAGGACUAUUUUCUUAACAAAACAAAUAAAAAUUAAUUUUUCUAUUCUUUUUUGAACAAAAAAAAAAAUAAAUAAAUAAAUAAAAAUACUAAAAUUGUUUUGUAUUAAUAUACAAAUCAAAAGUUGCAUCUUAAACUGCAAUUAAUGUUUUGUUCAUCAACUAAAAAAAAAAACCUUUCCUGCAAUUUUUUUUCUUUUUAAUUUAGAAUUUCAGGGUACAAAGGAAAAGUGGGAUAUAUCCAAAAGAGCGCGAUGUGACAAAGGGUUUCUGUAUUUUGUAAAAAACGAUAAGACAAUAUUUUUCUUUCAUAAUUUAAUAGCAUAUUAAUAAAUAUAUCUUCGCCUCAGUGCAACAGUAAGAGAUUUGCUUAUAACCUACUGUUGUCUUGAGGCAAUUAUAUUCUAAUGAAAACAUUAUCUAAAUGAUUCUAAAAUCAAAUGCAGACAUAAUCUGUUAACAGAAUACUUUUUUGAGUAAAAUAUUUCUCAAAAUAUUUAUUUUAAUGUAAUUUGCAUUGGAAAAUGAGUUUUUCAUAAAUGUUUUAAGUGCAGACUAGCAUAACUUAGUACUGAUUAUUUUCAUAGUUUUGGUUGGCAAAGUAUUCUAUUCGUUUGUACCAAAUACAAAUGGAAAAUGGACUUAAUGGGUACUGUAUAUGACAAGUCAGGAAGAUUUUUGAAUGUUGAUGAAAAGUUUUGUUUCUUCUGUAAAUAAUAUUGGAUUUUUAGUUUGUUAAGAAUGUUUUAGAGUUGAUAUUUCAUGCUAGAAUAUCUUUUUUCUUACAAUUAGUAGUUAGUUAACUGUAUUUUUAUUGCUAGAAGAUUAUGUCCUUAAUACAGGACUUUUGUCGAUAUUUCAUUGA